AUGGUCUGUGAUGUAGGGAAUCACAGAGUUCAGGUGUUCGAACUGAGUGGCAAGUUUGUGACCAAGUUUGGAACAAAAGGCAGUGGGAUAGGAGAGUUUAAUAAUGGCCCAGACUCUACAGCAGUUCUUAGUGAUGCGCUCGAAGUAACCAGGCAAGCUCUGGGAAACGUUGGAAUUGAUGAUCAACUUCAAUGUGAAAUAUUUAAGGUUCUCAAUGGAAUUCUCAAGCUUUGUGACGCUCAGUUCUCGGACCCGAAUCCGUCAACGAACGAAACUUGCACUCUUCAAGAUGUUCAAGAAGCCUGUGAAUUACUGGGAACUGAAGCGGAGUCGCUAGAGCAGUGCUUAUCAUUACGACGAAUCACAACGGGUUCCACUGGCGAGCAGUUCAUGAAGCCAUGUUCAAAAUCAGAAUGCGUGGAAAGAAGAGAUUGUAUGGCCAAACUGAUCUACUCCAGAUUAUUCGACUGGAUUGUUGACUUCAUAAAUGCAUCCCUCAGAGCACCGUCAGAUUCAAAGUAUUCUUUUAUAGGUCUUCUGGACAUUUACGGCUUUGAAAACUUCCACCUCAACAGCUUGGAGCAGUUGAGUAUAAACUACGCAAACGAAAAGCUGCAGCAACACUUCGUGUAUUAUUUUAUGAAGAGACAACAGGAGGAGUAUCAAACGGAGGGUAUUGACUGGUCCUUCCAAGAUUUUGUCGACAGUCGCCCGUGUUUGGAUCUCAUCGAGGGAAGGACAAGUGUCUUUUCACUAAUGAAUGAGGAGUGCCGUUUGAAGAGAGAACUGGACACGAAGUCUUUCAGCACUCGACUGGAGACCUCCCUACUUCAGAACAGCCACUUUACUUGUCCGCGGUUUAAGAGUGAAAAUCAUGUAUUCAGCAUACAUCACUUUGCCGAGAGCGUGUCCUACCAGGUCGAAGGACUCGUCAAGAAAAACAAGGUUAGAGUUUGUUACUAGAGUUAAUUCAACUCAUGCUGACUACUUGCCUCG